AUGAGAAUCACGCAGGAAGGCGCCCUCGAACCGGGUACGAAAGAUCAGGUCUCGCCUCUGAAUUUGGGCAUAUCGGAACGUCGAGACGCCACUGAGGCAGAAAUACGCGACCUCCCACAUAUCGUCGACAGUGUACCAUUUGUAGCCUGGGCGGCUGCCCUGAUAGGAGCUGCAGAACGCUUCGGAUACUACUCGACGGUCAUCACUUGGCAAAAUUACAUGCAGCAUCCCCGAGGCAAUCCCAGUGUGCCUGGCGCACUUGGACUUGGACAGUCGACCUCGUCGAUGAUCUCAAAUGUCUUUUUUGUCUUCCAAUUCUUGACUCCCUUGAUGUUUGGCAUAAUAUCUGACACCUGGCUGGGGCGUUACAAAACACUUUUAUUAGGCCUAUGCCUCUCAUUAUGCGGCAACCUGGUCAUGUGCACUACAUCAAUACCCGUAGCUCUUGAAAACGGGGCUGGCCUACCAGGUUUGAUUUGCGCAAUGUUCUUGAUUGCAUUUGGCGUCGGGGCUACGAAGGCCACAAUAUCCCCUUUGAUAGGCGAUCAAUUGCCACAGGGCCAACCUCAAGUCGUGCGCCGAAAAGACGGUAAACUUGCAAUCAUAGACAGCUCGCGGACCUUGCAAUUCCUGUUCAACGGUUUCUACUGGUUCACAAAUAUGGCCUCUUUGUCUUCCAUUCCCGCAACGUUUCUGGAGCGACAUGUUGGGUUUUGGAUGUCAUAUGUCGUUGCGACAACAUCGCUGUUCAUCGCGGUCACAAUGCUAGUUCUAUUUAGUUCUAAGUUGGUCAAAGUAACGCCGGGCAAAAACUGUCUCCCUCAAGCAAUUCGUGUCCUAGUCGCAGCAGCACGCAGUGGGUUCAGGUUGGAUCACGCAAAACCAAACUAUCAACAAGAAUCUCGCAGUGUGAUUGUCACAUGGAAUGACAGCUUUGUUGAUGAAUUGAAGAUCGGCUUGCACGCGUGCCGUGUGAUAUUCUCGUUUGUGUUCUUUUACCUCGCCAUUACCCAAAUGCAUAACAAUCUCAUCUCCCAGGCUGGGCAGAUGGACUUGGCUGGGGUACCAAACGACAUGAUCCAAGCAAUGUCUGGAGUUGCUUGCGUCGUCUUUGGCCCGAUCAUUCAAACUCUCUACAACUGUCUUGCCAGAAAUCGCAUCGCAUUCGGCCCCAUAAAACGCAUUACAGUGGCUUACUUAGUUUGUGGGGGCGCCAUGGCAUAUGCGUCAGGACUUCAGAAGCUGAUCUACAGUACUGGUCCAUGCUACGACGCACCUCUGGCUUGCGCGGCCUCCAAUAAUGGCCGUAUACCCAAUAACAUCAAUGUAUGGAUUCAGUUACCAAUCUAUGUAGCGUUGGCAAUCGCUGAGAUUCUUGGCCUGGUGACUGCAAGUCAAUAUUCAUACAGUCAUGCGCCAAAGGAUAUGAGAAGCGUAGUGCAAGCUAUGGUCCAGCUCAGUGCAUGUGUUGGUUCAGUUAUAGGCAUUGUUAUUAGUCCAGCAGCACGCGAUCCCUGGUUGGUCAUAGUCUAUGCAUCCAUCGCUGGAGUUCUAGGAGUAUGUUCAACGUUUUUUUGGCUUUCAUUCCGUGACCAUGACACGGAUAACGGAGCUUAA